CAUUUUGACUGGCUGACACAAAGAGCACAUUUUGUCUUUCGUUAGAACUUAAGUUAUUCCAAAAGUGAGACGAAAUAUUUCGAAAAUCGGAGAAAAGGUGACCUGUGACAUAAUUGGAUGUACAAAAAUGAAUCCAAAGCAAGACGUUGUGACAAUCCAAGAGCGCAAAAUGCGAUCGAUCAGCCCGCAAACAUCACCAUUACAUCUUUCGUUGAAUACUUCGAACACUUCGAAUACGUCAAAUAAGUCGAAUAAUGCUUUGAAGGAGUUGAUAGAACGGAAGGCUAAAAUUACCGAACAAUUGAAUGUUUUGGAACAACGGAUUUAUAAAUAUGAAGAAAAUUGCUUGGUGAGUGCACCAUUUACUAACAUAAUUCAUGGCUGGGAUCGAGAUAUAGAAAGAAAUUUCCAAACCGGUCAGUUGACAGUCAAUGAAGCUGACCGGUUGUUUUCAAAGUCAUCGGUGACAUCACCCGCAGCUGUUAACAAUCGAUUUGCCGAUAUGCUGGAAUCAUACGUCGAACCUGAAGUUAUCGUUGACGACGAUGUAAGAGUUGGUCGUUAUGAUGUGCCGCGGAUUGCUUCGAAUGAAAAUUUCAAAGUUGACCACAACGUUUGUAAGUCGACGAAUCGAAAAUUCAUUGAAAUCGAAGAUUCAAAAGCAAUUAUUGACGUAGUCGAUGGACCGAAAACUCCACAGACAGAACUGUUAAAACGCGCGACGGUGGUUCUGGAAACGAACUUUAGUCUGCCGGAAAAUUUCCAUUUCAAAGCGAUUCGUUGAGACGUGCACAAUUGUGCACAUAAUCUAACGAAUGACAAGUAUAAGACUCUUGCUCAAUUCCAUAAUGACGACAUAAAUGAACUAAAUUUUUGACCUAAAGCCUGACGCAUGUCCAAUCAGACUAAAUACUUAAAAUUACUGCGAUGUAUUGCAGCUUGAAAGAUCUAAGACAAAUAAAAUGAAAUCAAUUU